AUGGUACAUAAAAUACUAUGUAUAACCAUGGCAACAUCUGAUUUUGCAUUAUGGGUAAAAAUAGACAACGUUCUCAUUGCCAUGUCGCAAGCAACCAGAUAAACCAUUAGACAUUUUGGUAUUCAAUUAUAUUCAGUUCUAUUCUUCAUGAGUUCCCUUUUCUGUGGGAAUGCUGAAUACACAUCUUUUUUCAUUCAUUUUUUUUCCCGCAGCGUUGCCGUCAAGCAAAGGAAUCAGACGCCAGCCGCGGGUCCACUUGGGAUCUUUCAGCACCUUUCUCUCUAACGGAUGGCUUGGUAGCACGACAUGGCUAACGCCAGCGUGCCCUGGGGGACCGGGGUGCUAAUGGGCCUCGCGGACCCCAAUCAGACAGUGGACGGCUCGGCGAGAGGGGGCCUUCCUCUGGUACCGCUCUGCACCAUGUGUUGCUGUGGCCUGCUCAACCACGCACUGACCGUGGUAUUCAUGGUCACCUUAGCCUUCGCCAUCGUCAUCGGCAACGUGGUCACGCUCACGGUCUUCAUGCAGACGCGCCAGUCCCGCACGCCACAGGGUUACCUCAAAGUAUCCCUGGCAAUAGCUGAUAUGAUUGUGGGAGUCUUGGUGGUGCCAUUCUCGGUCUACACUGAAAUAUCGCUCAUGGUGACCAGUGCUCCUCCAGUGUGGUUCGAGGGUGGAGCCGCAGCCCCAGCGAGAGGCGGCUCUGGCUCCACCUCCUGGCAGCCGUGCAUGCUAAUUGGCCCAGUAUUUGCCAGCUGUACCUUCGUGUCCAUCAGCACCAUUUUCCUCAUGACGGUGGAGCGUAGCGUGGCCAUCCUGCGGCCGCUGCACAAGGACACACUGGUGACACGACGGCGGACGUUGCUCCUCAUCCUCAUCUCGUGGGUGGGCAGCUUUCUGCUGGCCAGUGCGCCACUCGUCCUGAGCGCCAACUUAACGCUGGAGUACAACGGGUGCAGCCGCAUGUGCAACUACGUGCCGCAGCCGGCCAACGCCAACGUCAUGCUGCUCUUCCCUGCUUUCGACUUCACCUUGCUAGGUGGCACGCUGGCCGCCAACGCACUCUCCUUCACCUGCAUCCGCCGCUAUGCCCACAAACGCAAGCGCUUGUCGGAGGGCGGCCAGGGGCCGGAGGCGGCCGCCAGUGGGGGCAGCAGCCUCCACCGGCCUUCUUUCUCAGACAUCAAGGCAGCCAAGACCAUCGGCAUCCUCACGUUCGCCUUCACCGCCUCAUUCUCGCCCAUCGCCGUGUUCGUGCUGGGAAACGUGGUGGGCCAUGUCUGGUGCGAUUUCUCCUUUUUCGCCUUCUGGAUCCUGACAGGCAAUAGCUGCUGCAACGUCAUCAUCUAUAGCAUGCGGGACCAUCGCUUCAGGAAAGGGGUGACGCUACUCUUUCAGAAGGACCGCUCACCCCCGCACUCUGAGAAGAGCUAAGCUGCUCAGACAGGG